GUAAUCCAUAAUUUACAACUGGGGAUUUAUGAGCAAGAAGAGGAAAUCAUUCGACUCCGAGGACAGAUCAGUGAGCUGCAAACUUCACCAAAGAGGUCAUCACUAUAAUAACUACUGACUAUCCAGUAGUUCUGUGACUUUGGCAUGUUGUGCAUAGUUUUCCUUUAUUUAUUUUUGGGAACGUCCCAGUGUCCCAACAUUAGUCAAAUUUGUCAGCAUGUACUUCUGGGAACAAUUUUCCUUCUGUCUUUUAAAACAUUAAAGAAUUUUAUAUUUCAGUGAUUUGAUGUUUUUGGUUUGCGCAUUGGGGAAAUAGGUAUUGUGCGCUCUUGGCCAGUCUGACCAUAAUCUUGGUAAUUCGGUCUAACGGCAGGCUAGGGAAUGUCUUUGGCUAAAGUUUAAAAUACAACCUGAGAGAAUUCUUUGUGGCAUGGAUACUACAAAAUGUUGGAAACAUUCCUUUGGGAUUCUGGUCCAUGCUGACAAGAUUGCAUGACCAUUCCUGCCGAUAACGCACAUCUCCGUUUCUGCCACAUCCACAGGUGUUCUACUGGAUUCAGAUCUGGCCACUGAAGAAUAGUGUACUUAUUGUUAUGGUCAUGAAAUUAUUUUGAGAUUAUUUUACUUUGUGACCUAGUGUUCUCAUGCUAGAAUAAGCCAGUGGAACCCAUUGUGCUUUUCUGCUGUUGUAGCACAUCCACAUUAAAAUUUGAUGUAUUUGUGCAUUCUUUGAUGCUUUUCUGAUCACCACAUAUUGUACAGAUUAUCUAACCCUAACCUUGUACCCUUUGUCUGGUCAAACCUGCAUAAUCUCUGGCUUCUCUUAUCGACAAGGAAUAUGCAGCGGUGUGAAAGUUUGCCCCUUACUGAUUUAAAAAAAAAAGUGAACAUUUGUCACACAAUGUUUUAGACCAUCAAACAAAUUUAAAUAAUAAAGAAAAGUAAACACAACAUGCAGUUUUUAAAAGGAAGGUUUUUAUUGUUAAGGGAAAACAAAAUCCAUACCCACAUGGCCUUGUGUGAAGGUGUCUGGCCCCUUUUAAAACAUAACUUAUCUGGUUUAUCACACCUGAGUUAAAUUUCUCUAGCCGCAAUCAAGAAAUCACUUUAAGAACCGAAGAACAAAAGAUCCUCAAAAGCUACACAUGCCGAGAUCCAAAGAAAUUCAGGAACAAAUGAGAAAGUUGAGAUCAGCCUGGAAAAGGUUAUAAAGCCAUUUCUAAAGCUUUGGGACUCCAGUGAGAGAUCUUAAAUCAGUGCUUAUGCACUCGUACACCAGAUUUAAUCCUAGCUAUAUUUUGUGUCUCAAAUUUCUUUUUUUGUUUCCAUAUCCAGGUGAUCCAGAGUUUCCAAGUGAUUCCUGAACAAAAACAGAAUGAACGAUGACUAUAGUUGACAAAGCUUCAGAGAAAUCUGACUUUGAGUCAGCGCUGUGUAAGCACUCCAGCUCCCUGAAUCCUGUCUCCUCUGGAGGCCUGGACAACGGCAGCUCCAGCUGGAGUGUCGACUCUUCUACAGCUGAGCUUUCCAGGAGCAUGGCUACCUGUGUGGCCCCCAGCCUUGAAGUUGCUUUGUAUGGAGGCAACACAACCCUUCCUGCUGAGAGGCCAAAUGAGCAAGUGGCCGUGAGCUGUGGCGAUGGCAUCAGUUUGCCGCAAAAGAUCCUGUUUCCACCAGAGCGCCUCAGCUUGAAAUGGACUCAAGUCCAUCGUAUUGGAGCAGGUCUCCAGAACCUGGGCAACACAUGUUUUCUGAAUUCAGCUCUCCAGUGUCUUUCAUACACUGCACCACUUGCUAACUACAUGCUGUCCAGAGAACAUUCCAAAACAUGUCAUGAGCCCGAAUUUUGCAUGCUGUGUAUCAUGCAGAAUCACACCAUUCAGGUGUUUGCUAAUUCGGGGAAUGCCAUCAAGCCCCUUGGUGUGUUGCAUGAACUAAAACGGAUUGCAAAGCAUUUCCGGUGUGGGAAUCAAGAAGAUGCCCAUGAGUUCCUGCGGUACACAGUGGAUGCUAUGCAAAAGUCCUGCCUGCCUAACAAUAAAUUGGACAGGCAAACGCAGGCUACUACUCUGAUCCAUCAGAUAUUUGGAGGAUAUCUGAGGUCCAGAGUGAAGUGUAUGAAUUGCAAAGCAGUAUCAGACACAUUUGAUCCUUAUUUGGAUAUUGCACUGGACAUCAAGAAUGCCCCGACUAUUCUCAAGGCUUUUGAGCAGUUUGUUAAGGCUGAACAGCUCGAUUGGGAGAAUGCCUACAAGUGCAGCACUUGUAAGGAAACGGUUCAGGCCUCAAAAAGAUUAAGUAUUCACCGCAACUCCAAUGUGCUCACUAUCUCUCUGAAGCGCUUUGCCAACUUCAAUGGAGGCAAAAUAUCCAAGGACGUGAGAUACACUGAGUACUUUGACUUGCGGCCAUACAUGUCCCAGUCUCACGGAGAGCCGCAGAUUUACGGGCUGUAUGCUGUGCUGGUGCACUCAGGCUUCAGCUGCUAUGCCGGACACUACUACUGCUACGUAAAAGCAAGUAAUGGCCAGUGGUAUCAGAUGAAUGAUUCAUCAGUGACUCCCACUGAUAUACGAUCUGUGCUGAACCAGCAAGCAUACCUGCUGUUCUACAUCAAGCAAGGGUCUACAGAUCUGAAAAAUGGAGAUUUUAACCAGAAGGGUUUCACUCCAGGCCACUCAUCUCCCCGACCCUUAACACCUAAGUUAAACGGGCAUUCUUAUACGUCCUCAACCAUUAUCGGCCCACAGCUCCCUCCUACUAUGUUAAAGAAUAACUCGUAUGUCAAUGGCAACGGCUCCUCAAAGGAGUACCACAACAGCUCAAAGCCCAGCAGCAGUGACAGCAGCGUGAGCAAAGCCGCCUCCAAUGUGUCUUACUCUUCCACCCCAUCCUCCGCUUCAAAUCAACCUGUCCACCCCACGGGCAUGAAGAGGCUCAAGAUGAGCUUUACAGUCAGCUAUGGAAAGGUGGUGCGGUGCAACCGGACCCAAACAGCUCCAUCCAGCAGCUCUUCAUCAUCGGCCAGCUAUUCUCACCCACAGUCUUCAUCGUCUACCUCAAAACUCCAGUGCUCCAAGCAGGUCAAUGGCACAUCCUCGUAUAGCAGCUCAACUUUCCUGGUUCCCUAUGAUGAGGAAUCAUCGGAGGACUCUGACCAGGAGAGCAGAGUUUUGGACAACGGUACUUCUAAGCUUUCUGGUGUAGCCAAGGCAGCCAGUGUGAACGAUGGCAUGCACAGUCCUCACUUUAAUAGUUCUAGGUCACACUCGCCUAAGACAAAUGGAUCUAACAGCUUCUCUGAGUCUCACAUAGGUACAAAUGGGUCAGGACAUGGACAAGUCAAUGGCUUCAAACAUUCUGACAAGGCAUCAGACAGUCCAGCCUCUGAAUCUUCCAUAAGUGACACUAACUUAGACUCCCAGAGUGUGUCAAGCUCUAAGUCUGAGGGAAUGCGUUCCCCAUCAGACUCUAUGGAAAGUGCUAAACCGCUCACUGACCCUCUCACUCACCCAGUACCCACACCAGGCACAGACACCCAGGCACUGGCUAAGCCAGCAGAACUGACACCUAGCACACAGGCCACAUUAACAGAGGCAUCAAUUCAAGUGAAGGCCACAACAGAGUCCACUCUAAGCAAUCACAGACCCGCGCAUCAAGGGAGCGAUGAGCUUACAUCACUGGAAAGACCCAGGAUGGAGACAGUGACUGUCAAGGGUGCAGUUAGCAAGGAAGAUGGAGAAAUGUGUCCGUCAGGCAAACCCAAUGCUUGUGAACAAAUAAGACUGGCUGAGCACCAAGAACAUGAUUUAAACCAGCCACAUGUUUCUACUGCCACAAAGGACAGAGACAAGGAGUACCAUCGCAACUACAGAGAGCUCAAGGACAGGAGCAGAGAACGACAUGGACAUCGGCCAGAGAGAGAGUAUUAUCCACAGAAGGAGCGCUCUCGCAGUCGUCACAGAGAUAAAGAGUCAGCUCGGUACUGGGAUAGAUAUUCCUACCAGCACGGAGACCGCCACUACAAAAGAGCCAGAGAGGAGCGGUCACAGGAUUGGGAGCGGGGCAGGAGAUUCCAGAAUUCACACCGCUCGUCAAGCCACAAUUAUAGAGGACUAAUGUUGCGCCAUGCACGGGAAGACCGUCGUGACAGGUGCCACUACAAUGGAGAGCAGAGCAGCAAUAGAGCAAAGCCCUCAUCUCCAUGUACCACUAGCCCUUUGCCCCGGCAUGGAACCAGAAAACGCAGCUUGUCUGGUGAAGACAGCAUGUCUGAAGAGCGGAGGGCCAAGAAAUGUAAAAAGUCAAAGAAGAAAAAUAAAGACAAGCACAGGAGUUCAGAAAGGGACGUGUCUGUCAAGAACCAGGACAGCAGCUCCAGCCGACAGAAAAAAAAGAAGAAGAAGAAGAGGAGGCAUGAGUCAGAGGACAGACUUCACAGACAGGGACGGUCAUCAGACAGGCAUGACUGGAAAGGCAGGAAUGGUGAGGAGAGGAAGAGCCGUAAGCACCAACGCAGCACUGACCGAGAUAGUUCUCCUCAUCGUUCCAAGCUGCCAUGUAUGGAGGUUCUUCCCCAGCUCAGUGGUUACUCAGGUGAUGUUGUUAAGCAUUAUAAUGGAUAUGUCCAAGGAUUCUGUCAUAAAGAAGUAGUUGCAGAGAACAAAUAUGGAGCCGUGAACCAUAUUUCCUCUAACAAUAGUGGGAAGAUUUCCUUAUGUGAAGGAGACAUGGGAGAGACAGGCCCUGUGCCGUGCAGAUGAAACAGUGAAUUCUGGAGAUCUGCCUCUGACCUAUGAACUCUGAGGACAAAGGACAACUACACUUUACUAAAUAUUGUAAAGGUGCUUUAUUCAAUAAAGUCAUACUGUAUUUUUUGCAGCAUAAA